AUGGAAGAUGAUGGCAGUUCGCUAUAUAAUCUGUUGCUGGAAUACGCACCCGGAGGAAGUCUGACGGGGUUGACGAAGAAGCGCAGAGGCAAAUUAUGGGAGUUUGAAGCUCGGCAUUAUGCAAGGAUGAUAAUCAGAGGUUUACGCUACAUGCAUGAGAGGGGAGUGGUUCACUGCGAUGUGAAGCCGGAUAAUGUACUUGUAUUUCCCGGUGAAAAUGGUGGGAAUGUGGUGAAGCUUGCUGAUUUUGGACUGGCUAGAAGGAUUAAUGUCGAGGAACAGAUUUGGGUGCAGCAGCGGGGCUCCCCACCUUACAUGUCGCCAGAGGCGUUAGCUUGGGAGGAAUAUGAGGCGCCCAUGGAUAUAUGGUCAUGA